AUGGCGAACCCUGCUGCCUACCUGCAACAACAACAGCUGCUUGCAUCCAACCCACUGGCUGCGGCCAACGCCGCUGCAUACCUACAACAACAACAACUGCAACAGAUCCUACCCACGCUCAGUCAACUAGCCGUGGCGAACCCUGCUGCCUACUUGGAACAGCAACAGCUGCUUCCAUUCAACCAACUGCCUAUGGCGAACACCGCCGCGUACCUGCAACAACAGCAGUUGCUGACCCAUUGGCUGCCGCCUUCCUCCAGCAACAACAAUUGUUGCCAUUCAACCAGAUAUCUUUGA